AUGGAGCUUGAUCAAGAUUAUUUCAGAAAACAAGAAAAUGAGGAUUCAUCAAUAAAUAGUGAUCUCUAGGACUAUGAUGACUUUAUGGAGCAAGAUUCUCCUCGAAACAAUCUAAUAAUAGAAGAAAGUGAGAAGCUUAAGGAUUAGUUCUAGUAUCCUAUAUUUGAGGCAAUUCUUGUUGAGCAAACUCUGGAUUUAAAUUAAUUUGAAAACUACGAAGAUUAACAACAGGAAAAAUAAGACUACUUGACUUAAUCUGAAUAAAAGUAUAUAUUUGAAGAAGAAGAGAAAAUAUUAGAUUGCUAAGGAAAAGAAGAUUUUACUGAUGCUAAUGUGGAUAAAUUACACCAAUAAGCAAUCAAAGAUCUGGAAGCAUAGAUUGACUACAUGCUAGGAAAUAAGGAUAAUCUCAAAUUUCUAUAGUAAAAUCAGUAAACUGCAAAAUUAUAAAAGGAUUAUGAUGGCUUUACUUUUAGAUCGCAGACUUAGGAUAAAUAAGUUCUCAAUUAAAGUUUUAGGAGCACUUAUUCCACAAAAACAGAAUCCCUAGAAAGUAUAUUAAUGGAGGUAAAUAAACUAGUAGAAGGAUUAGAUCAACUUGAUUUGUCAGCUGCAGAUUAGAUCAUUAAAGAAAAAUAGCUUUUAAAUGAAUCUAGAAUGUCUCAUAAGCAAAAUAAUACAGCAAAGGGACAUUAUAAGUAAAUAUAGGAUAGAGAUUUAAUUAAAAUCUACUAGUAAAAGAGGAAUCUACCUCCAAGGGGAAAUAGUAAUAAGAAAAAGAAUUCUAAAGAAAAAUCUAUGAAUUUAGAAAAUUCAAGAGACUUGAUAAGAAAUGCUGAGUUAAAAUAAUUCUCUGAAUCAAAAGAAAACUAAUAUUCCAACAGCAAUCAGUCAUAAUAAGAUUUUUAGCCGCCUUAGCCCAUUUACUCAAAUCUUUCUAGACAAUCAAGUGCCUCUUCACUUUAUCAAAAAUUAAAUACUAAUGAAGAAUCAGCAACUGGACCCGUAUUUUCACGCUCAUUAUAUGCUUAGUAGUACUCUGGAAUGCAAAAUAGCUUUUAAUAUUAAGCUAAUAGCUCAAUGCAAUAGUAUUUUAACCAGCAACCAAAUUUAUAUAAUCCUGCUUUAAUUCAGUAGAAUUAACAAUAUCAAUAAUUUAACCCUAUCUAAAUCUAGCAACCUUAAACAAUAAAUCUUACCUAUAAAUAAAUCUUAUAGCAAUAAAAUGAGCAGAUGCUAAAUUAACUAAAGACUAAUCAUAGUAACUUAUUAAACCCAGUUAAUAUCCAAAGCAACUAAUACUAGCAAUAAAUUAAUAAUCAGAUGUCGAAGGAUAUCUCAGAAUAUAAUGAUGAUCUUGAAAGUUAUGAAACCUCAAGCUAAAUCAACUUCAAGCCAUAAUAAUAGAUCUUAAACGUAAAUAGCCCAGCUAUGCCAUACUAAUAAAGUCAAUAAUAGCUGCUUGGAAACUAUAUCGGAUUAAGUUAUAAGCAAUUUAUAACUCAGCCUUAAACAAAAUACAGAUAUUGA